AUGGUUCAAACCAUUGUCAAUAUUUUGCAGGCAUUGGAUGAAAAAGUGCUAAUUUUCAAAAAGAAACGGAGGAAGAAUUAUAGGAGAACCACAUGGCAUCGACAUGAAUUGACAAAGUUGAGAAUAACGGAUAUACAAGGAAUUGAGAAACCACUGAACAUGUUAAAUGUGACGCUGGAGCGGAAGGGGAAAACUGUUGUGCAGUUCAAACAAAUAUGGAACUGGUUUCAGAACAGGCGUUAUGCUCUAAGAGAAAGGGGGAACAAAGCUCCUGGGAAUCUAAAAGUAACUUCCAUGCCGUGUGGUCUGGAUCCAACAAACCAUAUGAGAAAUGUGCUUCCACCAUCAGCCGGUGCUAAGUCCACUCAUAUGACUGGAUCCGUCAUGACGCCUUCCCAUUCUGGUAUAUCAGGUGCCUUAUAUGUAUUCAUUUCAAUAGGUUUCACUAGAUGCGGCUGUCUUUAUAUUUUACUGAUUAUCCUCUUAGUUCCUGGUGUCAAGAGUAGUGGUUCAGACAAUUCUUACUUGGAAUUUGAAGCCAAAUCUGGCAUGGAUGGUGCAUGGUAUGAUGUACAAGCUUUCCUAGCUCAUAGAAACUUGGAGAUUGGUGAUUCGGAGGUGCAGGUUCGAUUUGUAGGUUUUGAAGUUGAAGAAGAUGAAUGGAUAAACGUCAAGAAGCACGUUAGGCAAAGGUCACUCCCAUGUGAAGCAUCAGAAUGUGUUUCAGUUCUUGCUGGAGAUCACGUGCUUCUUCCAGGAAGGGAAAUCAAGCUCUUUACUUUGACGCCACUGUUCUUGAUGCACAAAGAAGGAGACACGAUGUCAGAGAUUGUCAUUGUAGGUUCUUGGUGCGGUACACCCACGACCAGUCCGAGGUUUGACUUUCAUCUCUCUCUCUUGCCCUCCAACCUCCUCACUCACCUACUUUGGAUUUUUAUUCCAGCAGGAAAUCGUCCCUUGAGGAAGAUUUGCAGGCGGCCAGAGACAGAUUACAGGCUUCAACAGCUUCACAUGUCUCAGUUUCUAGUCCCACCUGAUGUGAAAGAUCCGACCUUGAGCACUGCUUCAGCCACUUCAGUACAGCCUAGCUCCAAUGCAGCCACUGUCCCCACUGGUAGUUCUACUGCACAGGCCAUCAGCUAUGUACGUCCCCAUUUGGUAGCUAUAUUCAUAGAACUAGCUAGAGUUGUAGAGGUUAAACUUGGGGAUCAAGAGCUUUUGUAA